AUGAUUCAUCAAUUCAUUCAAUAAGCUUAUGAAGACCCAUUUUGCCCAUAAAUCAAAGCCUCAGCUAUAAAAUUAAACUAACCUUAAACCUCUCCAAUAUUUCAUGUUGAUUGCAAAUUCACAAAAAAAAAAAUUUGCACCUGUUAAAAUUUCUGCUCAAUUCCAUUCAUUCAAUAAUAAAAUUAGAGAGCUUUACAAGUUUUCUUAUAACAUGAAUUAGAUGGUUUGAAAUUAGAGGAUUUUAAAGAAGCCUAGUUAUUAGUAAAUUAAUUGCCUUAUAAUAAUAGCAUGAUUUCUAUUAAGAAAAAAUUGAAAAUACAUAAGAAGUAGAAAAAGCCUCUUGA